UCACAGAAAAAAAACAACAACAACAACAACUGUGAAUUAUUUCUGGCUUGUUUUUCGGUGCAGCUGCGACCUAAUCUGUAAAACCCCCUUCUCUGCAAAGAGAGAAAAACUAGUUGGGCAGGGGGGGCUUGGAAGAUUUGGGGCUCCCAUGCGGCGUCAUGCAGAGCCGAUCAUUGUCUCUCUCACACUUUCUAACUAGCCAUUUCACAACAUCCACACAGCGGAUCGGGCCGUCCUCAGCAGCAGCAGCAGCAGCUUUGCCCUCAGGGCUUUUUUUCCUCCUUCCUCACCGACGUCGACCAUAACUAACAAUUUGGAUUCGGCACGCGGAUGAGGCCAAUUACUGGACUUAAUCUAUCAUAAUGUCUCCUUUCCGAUCGACUGAUAGCCAAAUGAGUUAGGCAAUGGCUGAAGAGAUCCGAGUCCACCGGCGGCUGCGAGCUUUGUAAAUGAAUGCCAUGAACUAAAAAAAGAGAGAAAACAGGCGCACUUUGGUUUGAUCUGAAGACUUCUGAUCGGUGGACACCAUGUUCAAAUUGGCGGAUUUUACACCCGGAGAGCCGCUGAGUGCGUUUGAUUCGGGAUUACUGUGACACGCUGUUUUCCAAGGGGGAGAUUUUCUUUUUUUUAGGAGUCUGCUUCCUCUCUCGCUCCUGUUCGCUGUCCUCCGGGUUCCUGCAGGACUCCAGAGUCGCGGAGAGCCCAUGCAGUCGCCAAGGGAGAGGAGUAAAGUGCGACCCCGAGCUGGAUGGAUGGUUAUGGGGGAAAGAGGGAGACCCUCGGCGCUUGAAGUGUGCAGAGUCCUCGCUGUGUUUUUGUCACUCUUCCCCUGCGUGAGUCUGCAGUGCAAGAUCCUCAAGUGUAACUCUGAAUUUUGGGCCUCCACCUCGAACUCUGGACCGGAGGAGGAGUUUUGCACGGCGCUGCGGGCGUACAACAGCUGCGUGCGCCGGACGGCACGCACCUGCAGGGGUGACCUGACGUACCACUCGGCCCAGCAUGGCAUCGAGGACCUGAUGAGCCAGCACAACUGCUCCAAGGAGGGGCCGACGUCUUCGCCCCGGGCCCGGACCUCGGUCCCUCCCCCGCCCCCGCCGGUCCUGACCGACAGCCAGGAGCGCUCCGACGGACCGGAGGUGUGCCACUAUGAGCGGAGUCUUCCGCGCAACACGGCGCCGCCGAACUACACCCACUGUGGCUUCUUCGGAGACCCGCACCUCCGGACCUUUGGUGACGACUUCCAGACGUGCAAGGUGGAAGGGGCCUGGCCGCUCAUCCACAACAAAUACCUGUCUGUCCAGGUGACCAACACUCCUGUUGUACCAGGAUCUCUGGCCACCGCCACGAGCAAGCUGACAAUCAUCUUCAAGAAUUUCCAAGAAUGCGUGGACCAGAAGAUGUACCACGCGGAGACGGACGAGCUGCCGGCCGCGUUUGCCGACGGCUCCAAGAACGGAGGGGACCGUCACGGGGCGAACACCCUGCGCGUGGUGGAGAAGGUUCCCGGGCAGCACGUGGAGAUUCAGGCCCGCUACAUCGGUACGACGAUCGUGGUUCGGCAGGUGGGCCGCUACCUGACCUUCGCCGUGCGCAUGCCGGAGGAAGUCGUGAACUCCGUGGAGGAAGGCGACAACCAGGACCUGUACCUGUGUCUCCACGGCUGCCCCGCCAACCAGCGCAUCGACUUCAGGAACUUCAGAGCUCGGGCGGCGGAGGCCCAGGCCGCGGGCAGGCCCAGGACCGGCACCGGGGCCUUCACCUACCAGUCCGCGAACGCCAAGUGCAAAGAGCGGCUCCCGGUGGAGGACCUGUACUUUGACUCCUGCGUGUUUGACCUGCUCUCCUCCGGAGACAUAAACUUCACCAUGGCAGCCUACUACGCCUUCGAGGAUGUAAAAAUGCUCCACUCAAACAGCGAGAGAUACCACAUCUUUGAUGACAAAGUGACGGGCGGCGCGCCGCGGAGGGAGAGCAAAGAUUUACUCGCGGUCCUCCUCCUCAACCUCCUCGCCGUCUUACUGUGGAGCGAAUGUUACGCGGUUCAUCUAUAGCUCCCCGUGGCGUGUCUGUCAGUGAGUGUUUGAGUACCAUCGCUGUGUCGCACAUCGGCUCCUCUCGUCUGCUCUGGUUCCGCGACUCGACCGGCGGCUUUCCAGUAGGUCACCCCAGCACCUCGGUCCGGUUCCAGCGGUACCUGUCACGCCUCGACAUCAGCCUAACGACAAGACGAGAUCACCAUCCUCCCACCUAUCAUCACACGCAUUUAGCCGGUUCAUAGGACCGGUCUUUGAAGAGAGCAGACAGAGAGAGCCCAGCUACCCCCAGAGCUCAGGACAUCCCACCUGGGAUUAAAUCCCACAUUCUCAUCGGGGCCGCAUGCCUAUGGGAAGCCGGACAAGAUGAUCUUUUGCAGAAAGAGGAGUUUGCUGAUCCUCCCCUUCCCCUGAUCCCCACAUUGGUGCCAAGCCAGUGAAGCUCUCCGUGGCUCAUGUGGCGAAGCGAGAGGACCUGACAGGGGCUUUUGUUAACCUUAGGCCAGAAGCAGCUCUAUGUUUGAUUAGUUUCCAGCUUUGGAAAAGCCUGAGCCUUUUUGGAGGAAGCACUCAGCCAAAAGGAUGUCAGAGCAGCGUCUCCAGUUGUCUGCUGUGGAGAUUAAUGGGUCAUAUUGUUAGGGUGUGUGUGUGUGUGUGUGUGUGUGCGUGCGCAUGUGCAUUAGUACAAUAUGUGUGCAGAAUUCAGCAUCUGUGGUUAAUUUUGUGUGUUUGUGGGUGCAAGAGUUUCCAGAAAUGAGAUAACAAACCUCCAGUGGGAGAAAUCCUUCCCUUGUCUUCGUGUUGCACCCAAAUUUUCAGAAAUAGAAAAAGACAAGGAGCCUCCAGCCUCUUGUCGGCCAAGUUAGGGAGGUGAUAAAAAUAGUCUGUUUUCAUAAUUUUCAGUGUCACACAACCUUUCCCUCUGUUGUUUGAGCCGACGAGUAGAUCAGACAGUGUUUCGUGUAUGUGAAUGUAGCUAACGAGAAGGCAAAAAAGGAAAAAAAAAAACAAAAAACAAACACAGUUAAGGGCAGCGUUUACAGAAUUAACAGAUCAAAGUGUGACUUUUUUUUUUUUUUUUUUUUUUUCCUGAGAACAUUUCGUGAAUCUGAAAUCUCCGUUUCAAGUCUCAGUGGUGUCGGUGCUAGCUGCAACAACGUCACAUCUAGUCAGUUUGGCAUUUUUAUAAACUAUCGGUGAAGCUGACCCGGCUGUGGCUCGGCGAGCAAACGAUAAGCAUAUGUCUGUAGACGUGAUUUCAUGGCUUAAGUCAUUGCCAAAGAACAAGCCCUCGUGCCAACGUUGCUGUCAUCUUUCCGUCUUAAAACACAUUAAGGGGAUUGUUAAUUGUACAGAGCUUGUGUUUGGAUUUCCAACAGUAACAAACACUGUAGGAACAUUUGUUUCAGGUUUUUCAGCCUCAAUUUGCUUUUUUUCCUCGUUGAACUUUGGCUCUGAGCUAUCUGUUAGUGUGUAAGUCGUCCCCGUAGAUGCUGUAACUGCUGGGACGCACUUUUCAAUGGUCAUUUAUUCUUUACACUGAAGUAUUUGGCAGGCCUUACUACUGCUAUUUGGAAUAUGUACUGGUGCAGUUUGACAAAAACAACAACAACUACAACAAAAAAAAAAGUCCUACAAACAGAUGAUUGUAACGUUGAAUCUUGUGUUAAUAGAUGUAAUUUGUAUUGCGUGUUUUACAGUAUACGGUUCUACAUGUGUAAUGUGAGAUUGUACAUAGGUUUGUGCAUUGUUGAGUUUAAAAUUUGUAUAUUACCAGUUGUGUUUUGAAUUUAUCACUCCUGUUUUUGUACAUGUUUUGGUGAAUGUGAAACGUUUUUUUUUUUUUUUUUUUUUUGUAUUUUUAUUAUUUUGAAAAGGGAUUUAUGUUGCAAAAACACGAGCACCGCAGAACUCUACUGACAGUGUACACUUGACGUGGAUCAGAUCAAAAAAAAAAACGCCUGAACGCAGCACACCUUCCCUGGAUAAGAGAAUGUAGGAAAAAUGUUCUCCGGCGUUCGUGUUUUUGAGUCUUAAGCACUUUAUGUUUUCCUCUUUAUUUAGCUCUUUUGUUUGUUUGUUUGACUUGUAAUGGCUAAAAAGAAUUUUAAAAAAAAUAGCUGAAUGGGAAAAUGCCAGAGAGAUCAAACUCUGUUGUUAUGUAAAGCAAAUGUGGUCCCGCACUCCAGCUGUUUAUAAUGUAAAUUAUUUAUUGAAUAAAAGAAAAUGUCUUGUUAA